CGUCGCCGCGCGACGCAGCAGCGACGUAGCGACGACGACGUCGACGAGGACGAGGACGAGGACGAAGCGGCGGCCGAAGAUCGCCGAGCGGACGGCUACGCGGAGAGACUACGGCUGGCAUGGUGUGGGCCGCAGCACGGCCACAGUGUUCCAAAAGUCGGCACCACGCACGAAUCGUGUUACGCGCGACGCAGAGCCACGAAGCUGCGUCGUCGAAUCGCGCUCGGCUGGCCUCCGAUCGAGUGCUCCGUCGAGCGCAGCCAGGGAACGCGAGCAACCAACAGCUGGCUGCCGUCCGAUUAGAGAUCGAUCGAAUCGGCGUCGUCGACAACGACGACGACGACGACGAGGAGGGCCGGGAAACUCGAGACUCUGUCCGCGUAGAGAGCCGACAGCUACGAAGACGGCGACGACGACGACGACGACGUGUAGAACAACGGCGUAUUAUUAUUAUUAUCGUUGUUGGAAAGGAUCGUGGCACGUGAACGGACAGGAGCAGUGCGCCGUGGGCAAACGAUAAACCGCGAGUGGUUCAUAGUACGCGAAUUGCCAAUGAGAAGCAGCGUUAGCUCGAACGAAGACAAGCCGAGACGACGACGGUAAGUUCGGGCGGCAUUAUCGAUAGGACUCGGGCGGGAUUGCGCGGUGAAGGAAACGACGAAGUAAGGAGGCGAAAGGGUUCGAGGCGAAGUUGGACCGGUUCGGCGAUAGUACACGACGUUGAACGAGGAGAAGCGCGGAUCGGUGUAACACCGGUGAACCGUCGAACUAAGCGGGGAUUCCCCUGGCGCGCGCGAUACGCACAGUGGCCGUACGCCGCGAGUCGCUCGGUGACUCGAUCGAUCGGUCGAGCGAUCGGUAAUCAGCGAAAAAAGAGAAAGAAAAGGAAAAAAAAAGAAAGAAAAGAAAAAGUAUCGUCGGCGAUUAACGGGGACGCGAGUGUUGUCGAACAGCGAUACGCGCGCGCUGCUUCUCGCGCGGUGGAUUUCAUCGCUGAACGAAACGAGACGAAACGAAAGGAAAGGAAAGGAAAGGAAAAGGAGAGGAAAGGAAAGGAAAGGAAAGGAAAGGAAAACGGUCGGCUGUCGAUCAUUGUCGAGAUUUCUGUGUUCAGUGACAAAACGCGUAUAUUAUUCGUAGUGUGCCGCGUAUAUAUAUAUAUCAACGAUACGCAACGAUCAACGACGACGACCACGACCACGAUCCCGGCCUCGUUUCGUUAUAGAACGGCGGCGUGUGUGUGCGUGCCUCUAUGGGUGAGCGUGUGUGUGUGAAACGCGGCUGAAGGAAUCGACAAAUAGUCGCGCUGCAAGACGAAAGGUCGCGUUGCCUCGCGUGUACUUGGGAGAAUUCCAACUGGUUCGCCGUAUAUUCGCCAAAAGGGGGGAUCCAAAAGGAGUUGGUCGGCGAACGGGGCCUCGUUACGAUCGGCAGGAUACUCGUGGAUCUUGCAAACCUGGCGAUUUAUGGGGGACUUUAGCGCGACCAGUCUCUUCUCCGCUAGUUUGUCCAGCACGACCAAGCCAUCGAUCGGCAGCAACACCGCGAAUACCGGCGUAACCGUAACCACGUCAACGAUGCAGGACGAUCUGUUGAUCGAGAAGCAAGCCAGUGGCAAGGCAGCGCCGCUAUCGCCCAGCACCGGCCUGGAGACCGUCACCGGACUCGAAAAGACGAAGGACACGGUCGAGGUCGAGAGUAUCGCUAUCACGCCGACGACGCCCUCCUCCACCGAGAAGGAGAUCGCUUGCAGCACCAGCUCGGCGUUGCAGAGUUUCUCCGAGGCGGGCCGAGUGCCGAGUUUAUGGUCCGCUCCGGACGACACCGGUUUACACGCGUUACCUGUCAACGGAUCUAUCGCCGCCUUUCAGAACUUUCCGACCGGCGGUCCGACCGGGCUGUUCGCUGGUACCGGCCCAACCGUUUCGGCCGGUGCGCGUCGCGCUAUCACGGCUAGUCACAAUUUUCCGCAACAGCACGGUACCGCGACCGCUCCCACUACGAGACACGGGCUUCAGGUGUCGUCCGCCCAGCAGCAGCAGCAACAGCAACAGCAACAGCAACAGCAGCAACAACAGCAGCAGCAGCAACCGCCGCAACAACAACAGCAGCAGCAGCAGCAGCACCAACAACAACCGACAGCCACCUCGCAUCCGGGUGUUUAUCUACCUGGGAAGGGUUACGCGGCUUGGUCCGGUGGGCCGCAAGCGCCUCAACAAUGGAGCGCUGGACCGCAAGCUGCAGCGGUGGCCAGUCCUGGCCUUUCACCCUGGAAUCGUGGCAGAUCGGUACCGAAUCUUCCACCCCUUCACUCGUCGCUGCACGCCGCUGCGGCAGUUGCGGCCGCUGCCGGGCUACAGGGCAGGAAACCGAGUCCAACGUUUCCUGGCCACCCGGGACCAGCGGCUCAUCCCUCCUGCAUCAGUCCUGUGAAAUUUCGAAGAAGCACCUCGUAUCCCGGCAAGGGCAACAUGUACCCACCGCAACCCGCACCGACCUUCGAAGUGACCACCGCCGAGGACAGGGACUUGCUGCAGCUGCCACCGUUUCAGCAGGAUCGUAUGACGGCUAAUGGAAAUUCACCGUUAGACAGUAUGAGGACGUUAGAGCAUUAUUUGAGCGACAUCAUGCGAGCUGGUACAGCGGAUACUCCAGAACACGUGAAAGGAUACAUAAGUUGCAAUGCCAGCACGCUGCAAUCGCUCGCGCAACUACACGGCAAAUCACCGUUCUUCCCAAGUUUGGAGGACCAGAGCGGCACGCUGCUAGAGGAUCCAAACGCGGCGAGCCAGCUCGAUGGCGUCGGGGUUGGCGUCGGUGUGGGAGUGGGUGUUGGCGUCGGAGUCGGUGUCGGCGUCGGUGUCGGCGUGGGCGUCGGGGUUGGUGUCGGCGUCGGUGGCGGCAUAACCGGUUCUCAAACAGCGCCGCUUUCAUCGCCGAGUCGGAGCAGUCCUCACAGUCAAGGUAGCGAGACUGGAGAACGCUUCUCUAGGAAGGUGUUCGUUGGUGGUCUGCCACCGGACAUCGACGAAGAGGAAAUCAAAGCCAGUUUCCGUCGUUUCGGAUCGUUGGUCGUCGAUUGGCCCCACAAAGCAGAGAGUAAAUCCUACUUUCCACCAAAGGGCUACGCUUUCUUGCUUUUCCAGGACGAGGCGUCCGUGCAACAGUUGAUCGACGCGUGCAUCCAAGACGAGGAGAAGUUAUAUCUGUGCGUGAGCUCGCCAACGACCAAAGACAAGCCGGUGCAAAUCCGACCAUGGCGACUGAGCGACGCGGAUUUCGUGCUGGACGCAUCGAUGCCGUUGGAUCCACGGAAGACGGUGUUCGUCGGUGGUGUACCACGGCCGUUGAAAGCCGUUGAACUAGCAAUGAUCAUGGAUCGACUUUACGGAGGCGUGUGUUACGCCGGUAUCGAUACUGAUCCGGAACUCAAGUAUCCAAAGGGAGCCGGUAGGGUCGCUUUCAGCAAUCAGCAAAGCUACAUAGCUGCCAUAUCGGCCAGAUUCGUUCAGUUGCAACACGGCGACAUAGACAAGAGAGUCGAAGUCAAACCGUACGUUCUGGACGAUCAAAUGUGCGACGAGUGUCAGGGGCAACGUUGCGGAGGCAAAUUCGCGCCGUUCUUCUGCGCGAACGUUACCUGCCUACAGUACUAUUGCGAGCACUGCUGGGCGACGAUUCACUCGCGGCCAGGUCGCGAGUUUCACAAGCCGUUGGUGAAGGAGGGUGCGGAUCGACCUCGAGCCGUGCCGUACCGCUGGUGUUAACCCCAGCUGCGUUGUCCCUAAUUAUCUCGCAACCCUAGCUAAUUAACUACCACUUCUACGUACCAACUUCUCCUCCUCCUCCUCCUCCACCUCUUUUUCCUCCUCCCCUCCCACCUCUACGAGAAUCUACCGCCACCCAUCCUGCCAUUCAUUCAAUCCACAACACUCCUCCCUCGGCCCGUCCGACAAAACUGCGUCGUCUCACACUCCUUUUGCUCACACAUAUAUCUGAAUACUACCUGCCUCGAGACACAGUCCAAACAAAAAAAAAAACAAAAAGAAGGAAAUACCGUUUAUUACCACCACCUAUCACCCACCACUACCUACCACUGAUCGUCGGUACUAUUGCUGUUCUACUACUAUCGCUAUUAUCGCUAUUACCGCUCUAUCGCCAAAUCACCAAAAA